GUCAAUCUUGUUUACAGCAAAACAAGCGGAAAAACGUUCCGGUAGCGACUGAAGCAACCAUUGUCUGAAACCACGCUACUUUUCCCGCAGAAAACGAACGACACCGAUCAGCUAGAAAAUGCCGAAAAACAAGAAAGUGCAAGAAUCGACCGAUUCCGACACUAGCUUUGAAGAUCGCACACCGGCAAAGCAAGCCAAGAAGACCGAGAAACGCUCCGAUUCCGGCCAGAAGGAUGAGGGCGGCUUCGAGCUGGACAAAAAUCGCAAAGUGUCGGUGUCCGAAUUUAAAGGCAAGGUGUACGUUGGCAUACGCGAGUAUUACGAAAAGGAUGGUAAAACGCUGCCCUCCAAGAAAGGUAUUAGCCUCACGGUGCCACAAUGGAAGAAGCUGCUCGAACAGGCCGAUGCCAUCAAUGAGGAGAUAAAAAAGUUCUAAGCUCAGCUCGGUCGCCGGACGCCGGGGGCAGUUCCGGUUAUUCCUGUUUGCAUUUUUCUCAAGCAGAAAAACUCGCCACCACCAACCACGUUGCGUACCUUGUUGUUUUGUUAAUAAAUUACUGAUGUCCUGCACCGGUUUGUGCAGGUGUCGUAUA